AAAAAAGCUCAAAGGUCACUUCAGUUUUCAAACGGCACCAAGUUCAUUAAAAAUAUACAAGGUUUUAAGUCAAAUAAACUUCAAACUCUAAAUUAAUUUUCUGUUCAGGUUAGAAAUGCAAAUCGGACCAUUUCCAGCUCAACUGGCCUUCACUGGUGAUCAGCUGGUUGGAAACUCAAAUAUCCAAACUUGUUUUCAGUCUGUGCACCAUCUGAGCACAAUCUAGUUGUAUUGACAGAAGCAUCUUGACAUAGUUACUGAGUAAAGACGACUCAGAUUUAGCCUCAUUCUGAGUCAGAGGAAAUGUCAGAAGCCAUUUAAAAAACUAUUUUCUAACAUGUCAAGGCAUCUCUGCUGUGUAUUCAGAAAGAGAGAGAGAGCAAUAGAGUACAAGACUUUAAGCAGGCCACUAGAAAGCUAUUCAGUUUCAUCAUUUUUGAGCUCACUACCGGUAUGCUAGUAAAAUAAUAUAAAUUCUUUUUUAGCUCGUUUUUAAACAGCAAUCUGCUAAAAUUGGUAUUGGCAAGUCAAAACUUUACAAAAACCAGAGAUCAGAAAUCGGUGACAAAAUUCUGAUCUGUGGUAUGGCAUUUUAAUGCACAAAGCAGAUUAUAUUUUACUGCAUAAAUAAUAUACAUCAAAGUAACUACAUGAUAAUCAGCUAAGGGAUCUCAAAAACGAGAAAAUAUGACUCCUCGUUGAUCCCCUCCAGUACAAACUUUGUUUACACAGCUUAGAGGCCGUUUCCUUUCAGGCUAAUUUUAGAGACCCCUGUUUGAGUCAAAGAUUAUUCCUUGACCACAGAUUCCUGAGAAAGGAAGUUACUGCUAUAAAACAGCAAGACAGCCAACAGAUGCCGUUUGUUUGUCUGAAUUUAACAAACUCAACAGUGAGACUAAAGCUGAGAGAUCAGCAAGUAUCCAAAUUCACCGGUCAAAAUUGUGUUGCUUUCCAUUGGAAAAUUUUAAAUCUUUCACAAAAAAAAGGAUCAUAUUAUUCUAUAGUCCAGAAACAAUAAUAAACAGCAAAAAUGAAAAUGAAAAUUUUUAAAACAACCCAAACCUUAUAAAAAAAAAUGCUGAAAGAAAUUGUCAUUUGCUUAUUGUUCACAGUUGUUGAUAGGCAGGCACAAAGCCACUCCACACCCUUUGUGAGUCAGAGGGAAGUUCCUGACACAGGCAGAAGGGAAUUCAGUUUUCAGGCCAGAGCAGGAAAAGCGUUCACAACAUCACGCACCAGUAAGCAAGCCACACAGACAAACGGAGAGCUGAACUGGAGAACAAACAACGAUUGAUUCAACUUUUUGAGCUGCAGAGAUGUAGAAGAGCAAAUUUCACCAGUGGAGAACUGCUGAAGGGAACCAUCAUCAAAAACAAGAGCUUUGAGAAGCGUGGGAAAUCAGUCUGAAAGCGUUAUGGCUAACCUUCUGAGGGGACUCCUGUUAUGUUUAAUGGUGGCUCAGACCAGUCAGGUCAAUGGGAAAGGGAGAAAGACUGCUCCACCAAAGAGUUUUAAGGGAUUCUUCGAUAAAUCUAACGACACAAUGCAGAAGCUUGACCUUUUCCGCUCUAGCAUCGUCCCUCACCUGGAUGUGGAGCCCGAGGGCCCUGCGGCAGCAUACACCACUGGGGCCAUCAGUACUUGGAUCAUACCUUCAUCAUACAUCCUAACGAUCCUCGUGGGAAUCCCAUCCAACACCUACAUUCUGGCGUUCCUCAGAGUCAGACUCACUUCAAAGACUUUAUCCACAGUGGUCCUGUACCUGAACCUGGCCCUGUCGGACCUGCUGCUCGUCCUGUCUCUUGCUCUGCGAGUUCACUACCACCUAAGCGGAAACAACUGGAUAUUUGGUGAAAUCUCCUGUCGGCUUAUUACGGCUUUAUUUUUUGGAAACGUUUACUGCUCGGCUCAGACCAUCGCUUGCAUCAGUUUGAAGCGCUAUCUGGCCGUGGUCAAGCCAUUUCUGUACAGAAGGAUGGCUAAAACCAGCCUGGCAGUGUGGAUGUGCGUGGUCGUAUGGUUUCUGUAUGGAGCAGCCAUUGUGCCUGAGCUGCUGGUCACGCAGAGCUACCACAUCAGAAGGCUGGAGAUCACGACGUGCCAUGAUGUACUUCCUCUAGAAGAACCCUCCCAUUCGCCGCUGGUGCUGUGCAAACUGAUCCUAGUUUUUCUAGGCUUCUUACUGCCGUUCAUGGUUUGUAUUUACACCCACGUCGCAGUGAUUUACCACCUGGAGAAAAGUUCCUGCGACUGGAAACUGUUCACCAGAGUGAGCACUCUGGUUUUUAUCAUCUUCCUGGUGUGUUUUCUCCCCAGUGGCGUUCUGCAUGCUGCCCACUACAUCCGCCUGUUUUCCAGUGGGGAUGACACACUGUAUGGAUACUAUAGAUUAGCAGUUUGUCUCUGCUGUUUCCACAGUUGCCUGGAUCCCUUCCUGUGCAUGCUCCUUUCCUUGACAGGAGACUCAGAGAUACAAUUCAUCUCUUGUAAUAGGAUACUACGGAGGCCAGCAGUUAUAGCAUGACACUGGACAUUUCUGUCUAACAGGAUGGAAGAAAGACUGUUUGCUUGAGUACUGUAGAUAAGAGAGAAGAGGAAAACCACUCUACAGUUCAAACAUAUCAAUCAUUGUGACAAAAAAAUAUGUAAAGUUUCAUUUUGCCAGUAAUACAGCCAUAUUAAAUGAAUUUCAAUAAUACAAAAAAGUGUAUUAAAUUAAGUAACUCAAUUCCAGUGGGGACGCCUGGGAUUGAGUAAAAACAUUAUGUAGAUUAAAUACACACAGACGGAUGUUUUCCAGCUUUCUGUUGACGAUGAUUUUCUGGUAACAGCUAAUAAAAACACAAUGUGUUUCAUGCAG